AUGGGUACGAAUCUGAAGAUUAUUAUCAUCCUAAUUAGCAUAUGGAUUAUUCCAGGAAUUAUUUCAUCCACCGAAGAACCUACAACAGAUCUCACAACUUCAUUGGAUACUAUCACUGAAUUAACUACGGAGAUUACCACUGAAGAAACUACAACAGAUCUCACAACCUCAUUGCAUACUACCACUGAAUCAACUACGGAGACUACAACUGAAGAAUCUACAACAUAUCUCACAACUUCAUUGGAUACUAACACUGAAUCAACUACGGAGAUUACUACUGAAGAAUCUACAACAGAUCUCACAACUUUAUUGAACACUACCACUGAAUUAACUACGGAGACUACCACUGAAGAAUCUACAACAGAUCUCACAACUUCAUUGGAUACUACCACUGAAUCAACUACGGAGACUACGACUGAAGAAUCUACAACAGAUCUCACAACUUUAUUGGACACUACCACUGAAUUAACUACGGAGAUUACCACUGAAGAAUCUACAACAGAUCUCACAACUUCAUUGGAUAUUACCACUGAAUUAACUACGGAGACUACUACUGAAAAAUCUACAACAGAUCUCACAACUUCAUUGGAUACUACCAUUGAAUCAACUACGGAGAUUACCACUGAAGAAUCUACAACAGAUCUCACAACCUCAUUGGACACUACCACUGAAUUAACUACGGAGACUACCACUGAAGAAUCUACAACAGAUCUCACAACAUCAUUGGAUACUACCACUGAAUUAACUACGAAGAUUACCACUGAAGAACCUACAACAGAUCUCACAACAUCAUUGGACACUACCAUUGAAUCAAUCACAGAAACUACCCCUGAAGAACCUACAACAGAUCUCACAACUUCAUUGGACACUACCACUGAAUUAACUACGGAGACUACCACUGAAGAAUCUACAACAGAUCUCACAACAUCAUUGGAUACUACCACUGAAGAAUCUACAACAGAUCUCACAACUUCAUUGGACACUACCACAAAAUUAACUACGGAGACUACCACUGAAGAACCUACAACAAUAAUCACAACUUCAUUGGACACAACCACUGACUCAACCGGGGAAACUACCACUGAUGAACCUACAACAAGUAUCACAACGUCACUGGACACCACCGCUGACUCAACCUCGGAAGCUACCACUGAUGAACCUACAACAAGUAUCACAACGUCACUGGACACCACCGCUGAACCAACCUCGGAAGCUACCACUGAUAAACCUACAACAAGUAUCACAACGCCACUGGACACCACCGCUGACUCAACCUCGGAAGCUACCACUGAUGAGCCUACAACAAGUAUCACAACGUCACUGGACACCACCGCUGAACCAACCUCCGAAGCUACCACUGAUGAACCUACAACAAGUAUCACAACGUCACUGGACACCACCGCUGACUCAACCUCGGAGACUACUACCGAUGCACCAACAACAGAAACACAAUUUUCUACAAACAUAUAUGCCCCACCAUGUGAAGUGGUUUCUGGCUAUGAGAAUGCAACUUUCCAAAACGUUUUUGUUUAUGAAAAUGAACCCUAUGGUACAUUUGUAACUGUCCUAUUAUCAACUGAAUUGUAUUCAGAAUAUGACGUCAUAUAUGAAUUUGCUGGACGUGUUGAACAUUUCGCUAUUGAUAUAAAUGGUACUGUAACAACAUUAUUGCCAUUGGAUAGAGAAUCCCGCGACUUGUUUCACUAUGCUGUUGUUGGAUAUAUUGCAGAUGAAACUAAAUGCUUCAAUUUACCGGUUGCCGAAGAAUUGCUGAUUACCGUUUUGGAUGUUAAUGACAAUUCCCCUAAUUUUACUAGUGAAAUAUAUGUUGGGUCUGUCGAUGAAAAUUCUCCCGAUUACACCGAAGUUAUCAUGUUUCCACCCAUACUUGCAACGGAUAAGGAUGAUCGGUUACAUGCAUCAAUAGUAUAUUCCUUAACCGGCGAAGGUAGCGAGAUGUUUCACAUAGAUCAGUUCACGGGAGAAAUAACCACAAGUCACAUAAACUUAGAUUAUGAAAUGAAUACAACAUUCCAUCUCACAGUGACGGCUAAAGAUUGCAAUGGGGAGUAUGGAAGCCGAGAAAGUAACUCGUCCGUUGUUAUUCAAAUCAGUGACGUCAAUGAUAAUGCACCAGUUUUUGAGCAGUCUGAAUAUAAUUACAUACUUGCAGAAGACACGGAAUUAGGCUACAAUCUAGAUAUUUUAUCAGCUGUGGACGACGAUGAUGGCAUAAAUGGAAGAGUGAUUUAUUACCUAGAAAAUGGUGACCAUGGGGACUUUAAAAUAGAUAGGUACAGCGGUGCGUUAUAUGUCUCAGGGGAGUUGGAUCGUGAAGUCAGAUUUUCAUAUAAUUUGAACAUCAUUGCAAUUGAUGGCGGUGAUCCAAUCUUAGAGACAAAUACCACCGUUAUUAUACACAUAACAGAUAUCAAUGAUAAUAUUCCGGUAUUUUCACAAGAAGUGUACACUAACAGUGUUCAAGAAGAUCUCAGCAUUGGAAGUUACGUAUUAUCUGUUACAGCCAAUGAUGCUGAUUCCGGAAUGAAUGGGAAUAUUACUUAUACGAUAGACACAAAUGAUUUCACAAUUAAUGGAAUUACAGGUGAAAUAUACACUAAUCGCAUGUUUGAUUAUGAAAACCAUGACGACAGAACGCAUGAAUUUAUGGUUGAAGGUAGAGACAACGGAAUACCCUCUCAUACGUCAUCGGCAUCUGUUGUAAUACAAAUCCUGGACGUUAAUGAUAACUCCCCAACGUUUACCCACACCCAAUACAAUGGUACAAUAAUGGAUGGGACACUAGCUUAUUCACCCGUUGUUGUAACACAUGCUUUUGACCUUGACUCUGGCGAUAACGGAAAUAUAUUCUACUACAUGACAGAAAAUACCACAGAUUUUUUCAGCGUUGAUUACAAAGGGGUUGUGUAUUUGACGGAUGAUGUAACUUAUGACGAUCUUGAGGACGUGCUUGGACCUGAUGACUCAUUACAAUUUUCAGUUGUUUGUCAGGAUAAUGGAACACCAUCUCGUCAAAGUUCUACAAACAUAUAUGUCAUAUUCAAGAACGUGGACAAUACGAAUUCUUCAUGCGUGUCCAACGCAUCAUGGUGUGGCAGCUUUUGGUACAAAUUUAAAGUGGUUGAACAUUCACCAGCAAACACUGUGGUAGGAGAUGUAUCUGACGAAGCAUCUGCUAUGACCAAUCCAAGUUAUGACAUUCUGGAAGAAUCUGCAAGUGAGUUAUUUUGGGUGGAUGAUGAUGGGGUAAUACGUACGGUCGAUGAUAGCGUAGACCGAGAGACGAAUGCGACAAUCAUGUUAACUGUAGAAAUCGUUUCUGGUAGUCCAGCUAUUACUAAGUACGUACCGGUGUAUAUCAACGUAUUGGACAUCAACGAUAAUGCACCUUCGUUCAACCCGUCAUCUUACUUCGUUGGAGUGUUAGAAUACACGCCGUCGGACAGUAUAAUAGCGGUAGUACAUGCAAGCGACCCCGAUUAUGGCAUCAACAGUACACUGACAUACAUCGUACAACAACCUGCUCACACAUAUUUUUUCAUGGAAUUCAACAUUCUAAAGAACAGUCAAGAACUUGUUAUCGCAGACAUGAUAACCGCAGGAUUAGACGUGGUCAAUGGAGUCGUUGACAUCAUUAUUGAAGUUCGCGAUGGUGGGUAUGAGUAUUCACUGAAUGAUGCCACUGUGCGAUUAACAAUCAUGGAGGCAACAGUUGACCCCGGUGGUAGGACGUACGACAACUCAACAGUAAUGGAGAAUAGUCCCGCUGGUACAAACGUUACACAUGUGGAAGCUGAAGGUUAUGAAGGAUACGAUAUAAUCUAUGAUUUCUCACAGUCCAAUGUGGAACAAUUUCAUAUCGACAGUUAUACUGGUGUAGUGACAACUACGGAACCUUUAGACAGAGAAACCCGAGAGACAUAUAGGUAUGAAGUUGUUGCAAAACUAGAAGGAGAUUCUGCUUGCCUUGUUGACCCUGUGAUUGCCGAAUUACUGAUAACCGUACUAGAUGAAAAUGAUAACAGUCCAAAAUUCUCUCAAACAGAGCCAUAUUCAGGAAGUAUCGAUGAGAAUUCUCCUCCAGACACGACCGUGAUGAUGAUUGAAGAAAUCAUAGCAUCUGAUUUAGAUAAAGGUUACAAUGAACUAAUCAUCUACACUUUGGAUGGGCCUGGACACGAACAGUUUCAAAUAGACAGUCGCACAGCAGUCAUCACAACAACAGAUGAUACAGAUAUUCUGGACCUUGAUAGGGAGAGAUACGAUCAAUAUGAACUUUUCGUCACUGCCUCGGACCGUGGCGGUGGUGAUGGCAGUCUCAAUAGUACUGCGACAGUGAUUAUCAAUAUUCUGGAUGUAAAUGAUAACAAUCCACAGUUCGAGUACUCGUUAUACAUGUAUUCAUUUGAGGAAAACAUAACAACUGGGUAUCUGAUAGAUACUUUAGUCGCCACUGACUUGGAUGAAGGAGACAACGCGAAAAUUAUCUAUUCCAUAGUGUAUGGAAGUGAGGGUAAGUUUAGAAUAGACCGAUACUCCGGAGAGCUGACUGUGAUAAGUGAACUUGAUCGAGAGAAAACAGCAUCGUAUAAACUGAACAUUUCAGCUGACAACGGGGUUCCAGGGCGAAUUGAUUUCACUGAGGUAUUAAUUGACUUAAUCGACAUAAACGAUAAUGCUCCCCAAUUCAGCGAAACCACCUACCGUGCAAAUCAAGAGGAAGAAGUGCAGAACGGAACUUUUGUGCUGAGAGUGGUGGCUGAGGACCCGGAUGAAAACGAUAAUGGUCUUCUAACAUAUAGUUUGAACUCAACUAAUUUCGUUAUCAAUCCGGAUACAGGGGAAAUCUUCACAUAUUCAUGUCUUGACUAUGAAGACCCAGAUGGAAGGCGAUACGAUUUUUAUGCUUACACCCAAGACAAUAGACCUCCAUAUUAUACGUCAACAGCAAGUGUUAUAAUCAGCAUUGUAGAUAUCAAUGACAAUUCACCUGAGUUCGCCAGUGAUCGAUACGACGGCACGGUGGAGGAUGGAACGGGUGCUGGGCAUGUGGUACUUACCGUAACAGCUACGGAUGAAGACAGCGGGGAAAAUGGCCGCAUCUCCUACCACCUUACAGAUAACACCACAAAUCUGUUUGCUAUUGAUGACAGAGGUUUAAUACAGCUAACGGGGCCAAUCUAUUAUGACGCAGACUAUCUCGACGAAUAUCACUCUCUGCAGUUUACCGCAGUAGCCGAAGAUCACGGUAUCCCGCCGCUCAAUGGCACUGCGAAGGUGAAUGUGACAGUGACUAAAACGAACGAUGUCGCUUUAGAAUUCAAUCAGACAUAUUAUGACGGAAGUGUGGUGGAAGAACAAGAACCUGGAGCUUACGUUCUAACGGUGUCGGCGGGAAACGAUGACGACGAUAUAUGCUACAGAUUCACUCAUAGAGUGGACGAAUUUAGCAUAAAUUCAAAUGGUGAAAUCUUUACUAUGGAGACACUAGACCGUGAAGAGAAAGAGUGGUAUUCUUUUUCUGUUGCAGCUCAAGAUUGUGAUCCCGAAAGAGAGCCACAGCAGCGAACAGCUUACACCUCGGUAAUGGUAUAUGUGCUAGAUAUCAAUGACAAUCAUCCAAUAUUUAUUGACUUACCAUAUCAAAUGUAUGUAGUGGAAGACGACUACACGAGUACCUCAGACACAGUGAUUGGCCAGGUCACCGCCACUGAUGCGGAUGCAGGUACCAACGCCGAGGUCUCAUAUGAAAUAAUCGGUGAUGGAAAUAAUGAACAAAUAUUCUAUAUAGACGAGACUGAAGGAACGAUAUACGCAAUUGGCUUCAUUGACAGAGAGUCUAAAGAAUCCUAUAUUCUUACUGUGAUGGUAACAGACCAUGGUGUCUUGUCAUUGAGUAGCACUGCUACCGUAACCAUCGACGUAUUGGAUGUUAAUGACAAUGCGCCAAUAUUCAGUGAAGACGGUUAUCAUGGGACAGUUAAAGAAAACACCGUCAAUGAUGACCCAAUUGUUGCUGUGCUAGCAACUGAUUCUGAUCUCGGAGACAAUGGUACCGUCUCAUAUAGUAUAAUACAUGGCAAUGAUGGAAACUUUCAGAUUGAUGAAUAUACUGGUAUAAUAACUCCUGCUGGUAGCGCCGAUAUCGAUUAUGAACAUAAAAUAUACUACCGGUUGACGGUGAUGGCGAUGGAUAUGGGAAUUGUACCAUUAAACUCAACGACUACUGUAUAUAUUAAUGUAACGGACGUCAAUGAUAAUGCUCCGUAUUUUGUUGGCGAGCCUUACGGGAGGAAAAUAUCAGCAAAUGCGCAGACGAACGAUUCUGUAGUGAACGUGACAGCUGAGGAUAAAGACACUGGCAAAAAUUCUCUUAUUCGAUAUCAAUUUCAGGACUAUGAAGGUGAUCAUUUCACGAUAGACACGUGGACCGGUGAAAUCAGGGUCGGUGAUUCUAGUUUGACAAGUGCACAAAAGGAGAAUAAACUGAUAGUCGAAGCACACGAUCAUGGCGAACCAUCCUUAUACAAUACCACUGAAGUCUAUAUAUACAUAACAGACUUGAAUUUGAACUGGCCUCAAUUUGACCCUGCCUAUUAUGCCGCACAGGUGAACGAGAACGCGAGUAAUGGCACGUUUGUUGUGCAGGUGACUGCAACUGACGCAGAUGCUCUGGACAGCACAGAAGGGGCAGGAGACGUGUACUAUGAAAUCCUCGAUGGGAAUCAUAACGGUUUCUUCGAAAUAGAUUCAAUAACUGGCGCCAUUUACACAAAUGGCUCUAUAGACCGCGAAACACAAGAAUAUGUGAAUAUGACGGUAAGAGCGUACGACGGGGGUGUUCCUGUGAAUGAUAACACCACUUCCGUUGAUAUAAAGUUAUUGGAUGCCAAUGACAAUCCACCCGAGUUAAACCCCAGCGAAAUGGAAGCAACCCUUCCACAUAAUACUCCAAUCGGCACCUUUGUUGUGGAUGUCGAUGCAACAGAUCAAGACACUGUCGGAUAUAUCACUUACUCUUUAGAACCAAGUGUGGAAUACAUCCAGGAGUUAUUUAUUAUCAAUGAGACUAGUGGAGUUAUCUUAACACAAUCAGAAUUUGAGAUGGGAGAUAUUAAUUCUGACCAUCAAAUCAACGUUAUGGCACAUGAUGGUAUCCAUAGUGAUUAUGGACAUAUAUUAGUGGAGGUGUAUUACAACGAUUCCAAUACGCAUGCUCCCCGGUUCAGCGAAGAUCUUUACUCGACGACAGUCUAUGAAAAUAUAAGCAUCGGGACGAAUCUAACUCUAAACAUUACAGCAUACGACGUAGAUGGCGUAUCAUACUCACUCCGUUACUUGGGAAAUGAAAGGGGUAUAUACGUAAUAGAUGACGUCACUGCUAUUAUCAGCACCGUACAUUUAUUAGAUCCAUACAACAUGACGCAACAAUACAAUCUAACAGUGGUUGCCACAGACCAUGGGGUCAAACCAAAGACAAGAUCCAAGAAACAGAAUAACAACAGAGUUCCUGAUUUACCGGUACCUAAUCUUCCACCUCGGAAAAAAGAUCAAACUAGAGAAAGUGUUUACACUAAGGCAACACCAAGUCGAGUCAAUAGUGAAUACCAGCGACCCGACAAUAUUGAAGAUAACCAGCGUGAUUUGAUUGACUAUUGUGACUUGGGUCCUGAUGACAAUAUUGUAAACCAAGAUUACAUUGAGAUGAAAGGGAAUUCUGCUAUUAGAGAUGGUCAUGAAGAUGAUGAUGCCGGCGAUGGUUAUAUUGUUCCUUCAACAGAGCUUAAUCUGGCACAUAACUACCUUGAUAUUAAACACAUUAACCCUGAUGUAAAUCAACGCAGGUAUAUGGAUCAGGGAAGAUAUAAUGAAGGGGCAAUGCUAGCAGAUGAGAACGAUGGCGACAGUCACAAUGAAUCAUCUUUAACCAGCAUUCACGGGGCAGCAUCAACAAGCAACUUGGAAUCUCAUCGUAGAAUGCCAAGCUGGGUUGAAGGGUACGACAAAGUUGACGAAUUGUGA